CUUCUCUGUUUCUUCAUGCUGAAGCAUAAGCAUCUAGCAACCUGCCUGGUCCUCCUCUUGUAGUUUGGCAGCUCUGACGGAUGACUGCUUCACCCACAUGAUGUCAGCGGCUGUUUCUAAGCUGUUACGGUGACUGAGGGACUUUGGGAUUUGACUUUUUGUGGUUUUUGAGAUUCCAAUGAUAAAGGCAUUAGCACUCCGGUGUCUUUCUCUUGUUCGAUCCCCUUGUGGGCAUUUAUUUUUCCUACGAUUAAGCAUCCCCAUCUGGCCCAGUCUGGACACAGCACUCAUUCUUUCAUUACAGCUCGCCCUGGACCCUCGUGUUCUCACCCCUCCUAACUGGGGGACCAGGAGGAAGAAAUAUGAUCCUCCUUUUUGUGAGGUCCCCACAUUUCAAGAGAAGACGAAAGCCUUACUUGGAAAUCUUAUGGACGAAGAAAUGAGUCGCCAGACUGCCACCGCGCUGCCCACAGGAACCUCCAAGUGCCCCCCCUCCCAGCGCGUGCCCACCCUGUCGGGCACCACAGCCUCCAACAGUGACCUGGCCAGUCUGUUCGAGUGCCCCGUCUGCUUCGACUAUGUCCUCCCCCCCAUCCUGCAGUGUCAGUCCGGGCACCUGGUAUGUUCCAACUGCCGGCCCAAGCUCACCUGCUGCCCCACCUGCCGAGGUCCCCUGGGCUCCAUCAGGAACCUGGCCAUGGAGAAGGUGGCCAACUCGGUCCUCUUCCCCUGCAAGUACGCCUCGUCGGGCUGCGAGGUCACCCUGCCCCACACCGACAAGACGGAGCACGAGGAGCUGUGCGAGUUCCGGCCGUACUCCUGCCCCUGCCCCGGCGCCUCCUGCAAGUGGCAGGGCUCCCUGGACGCCGUCAUGCCUCACCUGAUGCACCAGCACAAGUCCAUCACCACACUGCAGGGGGAGGACAUUGUGUUCCUGGCCACGGACAUCAACCUCCCCGGCGCGGUGGACUGGGUGAUGAUGCAGUCGUGCUUCGGCUUCCACUUCAUGCUGGUGCUGGAGAAGCAGGAGAAGUACGACGGCCACCAGCAGUUCUUCGCCAUCGUGCAGCUCAUCGGAACUCGCAAGCAGGCGGAGAACUUCGCCUACCGGCUGGAGCUCAACGGGCACCGGCGCCGCCUGACCUGGGAGGCCACGCCGCGCUCCAUCCACGAGGGCAUCGCCACGGCCAUCAUGAACAGCGACUGCCUGGUGUUCGACACGUCCAUCGCGCAGCUGUUCGCUGAGAACGGCAACCUGGGCAUCAACGUCACCAUCUCCAUGUGCUAAGAACCUUUUUGAAGAGCAGAGGGUCAAACAGUUACAGAUUGUCAGGGGGCAUUUUUUCGGGGGUCAAAUAAGUUGUGACCUCACAGCGCCCCGCCCCCUCUGCCCCACCCCUAGAGACGUGGAACUGGACUGUCAGAUCGGGCAGCCGUGGAGGCACAGGGGGUGGGUGGGAUGGAUGGAUGGAUGAGUGGAUGAGUGGAUGAAUGAGUGGAUGAAUGAGUGGAGGAAUAAUAAACACAAGGACAUAACUGCAAUGAUGGUUAUAGACUUUGACACACACACACACACAAACUUGUAUGUGGGACUCGUGCACGCACACGCUGUCUCGUCCUCUCGGUCAUACACACAGACACAAACUGAGAAGCUGUCAAACUCGUCAACCUUCUCAUUCCUCUGAACCAUGAGUGGUGGGAACUCACUCCCAGUGUCGCUCUCUUUCUCCUCAUCCUCACACAUUUCACACGCUGCAGCUGCAGGACGCCGGAGGCCGCUCGCCGCUGAGCAGCUCUGUGGCGGCCGCACCGGGGUCGCCUCGAACUAUAGCUUCAACGUGGACUCCCGGUCAGGGCUAGGCAGCUCGCCAGCGGUCUAGCUUCUUUCUGUUAGUACUCCCCCCCCCCCCCCGUCCUGGUUACCGUUAAACUAAGUAGGACCGGAACCACGGCUCUGGCUUGUGCUGGACCCCAGAGUCCACCGUUUGGAUUCUGAUGUCCACCUGUGACACUGAUGCUGCGACUGGAAUCGUCAGCCACAGGCCUGGACCACUGCAGCUCCCACACGGUUCUGUCCUUUGAUGAUCCGCAUCAAAGGUCCCCCCCCC